UUAAAGGAGACGCAACAAAGAGCGACAGCGGAGGGCCCUGCUAACAGCGUGGCUUACUAUAGCUUUAAGAACUUAAAAUAGGCUCUGGGUCUUUAAAAUGAAUUUUGCACAGUUAUUAUAGGGAGAAUAGACUAAGUUUUUGAUUUAUGCUACUUGCAUUUUUGCACCAAAUUUGCAAAGGGAGUACGAGCGUCCACUAAAUAUGUUUGCCAAUCGUAUCGGGGCGGUUAGCCAGCCAACAUUUUUCAUAAUUAAUGCCUCCUCUUUAUUUCAAUCUACGAUUCAAUUUGUUGAGAAUUUCUGAGGCUUUCGGAAAUAAGAGGAAAUAACUUCGGUAGUGAUGGAGCCGCAGCUCUCGAGCAACAAAGAGGAGACGGAGAGCGAGACGGCCAUGGAGAAAUCCGCGGGGCAGAGUACCGCAUCCAGUCCGUGCAGGGCAUCCAGAGGACGCGGAGACGGGAGCUUCAACACCGAAGUGACCUGCCCACCCGAAACCAACGGAGCCGCGACAAGCGCCACGGGAUCAGGAAGGGUUUUACGGGACAGGUCAACGCGGACGAUCCCCGUGUGGAGGCAGACUGACAUCAGCGAGGACCUGGCUGAAGUGUCACGGGACGCGUCAGGGAACCGCCGGAGGAAAGCAAAGUGCCCGCGGCGCAGGAAGAGCCCAGCAGCCGCCGCAGCCUCAUCGGAUGCCGGCAGAGACAGCGGCGGAGACUGCGACCUGCUGGAUGAGUUUGAAGAAAACAAGGAUGCGCUGGUUAAUCGAGCGGCCCGCGGCAGACGGGUGCAGGUGCGCUCAGGGGCCCGCACCUGCCGGGGCUCGCCUAGGACUGUGUUUAAAAUUGAGCCAGAAAUGGACGUUGACUAUGUGGAAGCCAAUAAAGCAGUUGAAAAGACAGGAACAAGUGUGGAGAAGAAGGAAGAGGAAAGCAUGGAUGAUGAUGUUGUGGAAGAGGAAGAAUGUGCGUUUGUGGAUGAUCCGAAAGAUGAAAACUACCGACCCCAGUCAAAUAGGAUACCCAGCGUCAGAUGUCAGGAUAAACACAGCACAAUGACGGACAGCAGCUCAGACAGGGAUGAAGCAGAGAGCCACUCACAAAUACCACAUGAGGGAGAGGAAACCAUCAGCAGCGAUGAAGACGUCCCAUUUAGAGAUGACUUGAAUGACCAGAGCUACGAUCCUAAGGAUUUUUCUAAGUCUAAGAGGAGACCUCACACUAGACUGAAGGAGAAGAAAGACAAGCCUACAGCGCAAGAGACGCCAACAGAGCAAGAGACCGAGAUCAAAACUGAGGGAGGGGAAACCACAGAGCAGCAGACUGGGGCUGAAGUGGAGGAAGGUGCUGAGCCACCCAGAAAAAGAGGGCGCAGAAGGAAAGAUGAUAAAAGUCCUCGUCUUCCUAAGAGAAGGAAAAAACCACCAGUGCAGUAUGUCCGUUGUGAAAUGGAAGGAUGUGGUACAGUACUGGCUCAUCCACGCUACUUACAGCAUCACAUUAAAUACCAACACCUGAUGAAGAAGAAGUACGUCUGCCCUCACCCCACCUGCGGAAGACUCUUCCGGCUGCAGAAACAACUGCUCCGCCAUGCCAAGCACCACACAGAUCAGAGAGACUAUAUCUGCGAGUUCUGUGCUCGCGCCUUCAAGAGUUCUCACAACCUGGCUGUGCAUCGCAUGAUACACACCGGAGAGAAGCCGCUACAGUGUGAAAUCUGUGGAUUCACUUGCCGUCAGAAGGCCUCCCUCAACUGGCACAUGAAGAAGCAUGAUGCAGAUGCCACCUACCAGUUCUCCUGCAGCAUCUGCGGCAAGAAAUUUGAGAAGAAGGACAGUGUGGUGGCUCACAAAGCCAAGAGCCACCCUGAGGUGCUCAUUGCAGAGGCCUUGGCCGCCAAUGCCGGAGCCCUCAUCACUACUCCUGCAGGGGUCACCACCCUUCUGGAGACCAACACCGGCUCUGUGCAGACCGAGCAGGGAGUCUCUGAGACGCGGGGAAGCUCUGCGGUGCCAGCAGGGCAAGUGGCUCCAGUGACACACGUGGGUCCAGUGAUGGUUGUGGGCCAAGAUCACCCACUGCACUCCAUGCAAGUUCCAGUGACCCUGGCCUUGUCAUCAACAGAAGAGAACAACACUCCCCUUCAGCAGACCCCCUCUCACUCUCUGCAGAUGCCACUACAGUUUGUUUCUUCACCUGUUUCACAGCAGCAGCAACAACAAAUUCAACAGCACCCCCUCCACCCCUCUGCCACCAGCAUCUCCCAGCAAGCCGCUCUGGUCCAGCAGCUGCCCAUUCAGUCCUACAGCCAACAAUCUCCCAUAGUCCACAUGGCCUUCAGGGCUCUUCCUCAACAGCAGCUCCCAAUGGUUUCUGUUGCACAGCAGAUGCCCCUUCAAACCACCCAGUCACAUCAAAACCAAACCCUGCCUCGACCCUCAAGCCACCACCAAGCUCCUAAUACGUCCCUCCUCUCCCAAACCCUGCCCAAGGCGCCAUCCGACUGCAGGAGCGGUUUGGGAUUUCGAAGCGAUCCGGGCUCAUCUACGUCUAAUCAGUCUUCCACCACGCCCUCGGAGACCAGACAGGUGAUCUGGGAGGCAGACGGGACUAAUGAGAAUGGGGCUGGGGAUUGGGUGGCAGGCGGAGAGGGGGAAGAGCAAAGCAUGACGGACAGUUCUGGCAACCAGAUACAGCGUGUCCUGUUGCAGUGAAGGAAGUUGAAGACAUGGAGGAAAGCAAGAUGACUGUUACUUGUCGCCCUCCUAUACACCUUGAAGUUAAAUAUAUAGAGUCAUAAAUAUAUUGUAUGUAAUCGCAUUAACUUUUUGGUAGCUUUGUAGAAACGUCUGUACCAGGGAGAUUGUGUUUGAGCUGUUGUCAUUGUUCAUUUUGUAUAUAAACAGUUAUAGAUCCCUCCAACGACAACCAUCUGUUUUGUGUGUUGUUCUGUGGCAGUGGAAGCCUUAAAGGAAUAGUUUACUAAAGAAAUGAAAAUGUUAUUUAAUCGGCCUCCAUUCAUUCAAGGUAUAGGCGGCCUUUUUUCGUUAAAAUUAAAGAAGCUGAAACUUUGGUCCCUGGUGAUUCAUAAAAUGAAGUUCUUGCACAGAUUCAUCAUUUAGCUUCAGAAUCAUUUAGCUUCAUUCAUUCAUUUUCUUUCAGCUUAGUCCCUUUAUUAAUCUGGGGUCGCCACAGCGGAAUGUACCGCAUACUUAUCCAGGGUAUGUUUUACACAACGAAUGCCCUUCCAGCUGCAACCCAGUACUGGGAAACACCCAUUCACACUUAUACACUACGGCCAAUUCAGUUUUUUCAAUUCACCUAUAGCGCAUGUCUUUGGACUGUGGGGAUAACCAGAGUACAUGGAGGAAACCCACACGAACAUGGGAAGAACAUGCAAACUCCGCACAGAAAUGCCAACUGACCCGGCUGGGACUCGAAUCAGCGACCUUCUUGCUGUGAGGCAACAGUGCUAGCUACUGAGCCACCGUGUCACCCAUUUAGCUUCAUAAGACCUUAAUGCAGUGAUUCUCAACCACGUUCCUGGAGGACCACAUCUGCACAUUUUUCGUGUCUGUUUAAUCAAACACACCCGAUUCAGAUCAUCAGCUCAUUACCAGACUGAAAGACCUGUAAUGGGGUGACAAAGGAGACAUACAAAACAUGCAGUGUUUGUGGUCCUCCAGGAACGUGGCUGAGAAAAACUGCUUUAAUAUAUUGUCAGGAGCAAUGGGUUUUGAUUUAGUUUAAGGGCGGCUCACACCGUGCGUUUUUUAAAGAUUUAUUUUUUUAGAAUCCUGAAUGAUUGUCUCAUGUCAGACAGCACGAACAUGGCUCCCAUGUCACACUGUAAGAUCUCAGCUGUCAUAAAGUCAGACUGAACGACAAUGUGCCAAACACGGGAAAAAAAUGCCCCCCGAGUUUGACGUCAUCCACCUGUGACACUUUCACUAUCCUGCAUUCUGAAAUACCUCACAGCAAACAUAAACAAUCUGUAGAUGGCGUCAUCAAAUUUAAAGCUCCUUUUGGUUCAUGGAUUGACGCUCAUCCCAGCUGUUGUCGCACUGCAGGAAAGUAUCUGAAACCUUCUGACACUGCCAGAACUUUAUCGGAGGAAAAAAUCUGAUUGCAACGGACAUUAACGGCUGUCAGUGAACACGUCAAACCAACGAUCACCAAUUUUUUUUUCGAUUUCCCAAAAGAUGACAAAAUCGUGGCUGAAAAGUGUGAGCAGGGCUUUAGUCUGUUUUUCUUUUUAUGACUCUCAAAUUGCUGGUAGCUGUUGACUUGUGUUAUAACCAAGGACCAAAUUUCUGCUAAAAUCUUUAAAAAAGCAAAUAAAAAGACAUUUAUAUCUUGGAAGCCAUGAGGCCGAGUAAAUAAAUGGCUAAUCUUUCAUUUUUUGUGUGAACUAUCACUUUAAUGUUAGCCUGAGUGCGUGAAGCAAAUUUGCGCCAUCGUGUGGCGUGAAUUGGCACUGUAGAAACUAGAAAUGCACACGUUAUAAAUGAUCAUAUUUAAAUUAAUCUUAUUUUGCCUAAAUAAAUGAAUAACUAAUUACAAAGCACUUGUUUGAAAUGUUACAAUGUAAUUUAGGCAUCACACAGAAAAAAACUUCACAAUGGCAAUGGCAUCACACUGAAAUUACCUUUUUUUUUUAAAGAUUCAAUGAUGGCAAAGGAAAUGCGAAUGUAAGAGUAGUGCAAACCAAAUGUAUAACACUGAUUGACAAAGCAUCUUUCUAAUGUUUGAUAAGAUUGUUUUGAAUGUUUGGAAGAAGUCUCUUCUGCUCUCCAAGACUGCAUUAAUUUGAUUGAUAAUUCAGAAGAAAAACAGUAAAACUGAAAUGUUGGUACAA